AAUCAAUCACCUUACCUGCGUUAGACGUCCGUGUUCGCCCAAUCGAGCAGAUUUACCCUAUCCAAAGAAUCGACCCUCUUCAAUUCCACCCGACAACAACCCACCAAGUCAGUCCGUCCACCCAGUUCCCAUCCUCAAUCAACCAUCAACCAACCCAACUCAACGCCAACUAACAUCCACCAGCCCUAGAGAAGACCCCAAAAGAAAUCAAUCAAAAUGUCCAUCCCCCUCCAAACAAUCAACACCUUCCGCGUAUCCUACAACCCCUUCGGCCGGUCGUCGCGCCCCUGCCGCACUCUCCUCGCCCUCCUGCGCACGCCCUCCACGACCCCCCUCAGCAGUCCCACGCACAUCGACAUCAAAGUGAAGCAGCUGCCGCGGCACUCGACGCAGCAGCCCGAGGUGACGGUGGGGUUCAAGGGCGGCAAGGAGGUCAAGUUCGAGGUUGGGAAGGAACAGAUCAAGAUUGCGGAUAUGGUGAAUGAGAUUGCGCGCAUUGGGCGGAUUAUUGAGCGCGAGGAUACGCUGAAGGGGUGAUUUCUCUUUUCUUUUUUGAUUAUACUGGACUUUUCUUUAUUUCUUUGUUCCGUUCUCGCAUCUUGUUUGAUAGUUGGGGUGAUUGGUUCGACCCUGUAGAGUCGGCGGGUUACGAGUGGAGUGGAUUGACUUCUACGUGGCUAAUGUCCGACUGUCUUGUACGAUAAAUAAAUGUAUAUACUAUCUAACCGUCG